AACAGUUAGGUAAUUAACUAUUUCAUUAGUAAAUACUAACCAGGACUAAAAUGGCAGCGAGAAAGGGUUCUCGAAACUUUUUGCACCUCUUCUCGCUGCCAGUCUUGGUGUUUUGCUUGUGUUUUGGCACUCUGUUUGUUGAAGCAAAGCAUAACUAUAGAGAUGCGUUAGCAAAAUCCAUAUUGUUUUUUGAAGGCCAAAGGUCGGGGAAACUUCCUCGAGAUCAACGCCUCACUUGGCGUUCCCACUCCGGUCUUCGUGAUGGUUCUCUUGCCGGGGUGAGCUUAAUGGGUGGUUACUAUGACGCUGGUGACAACGUAAAGUUCAACUUUCCAAUGGCUUUUUCAACAACCAUGCUGUCAUGGGGUGUCCUAGAGUUUGGAGGCAGAAUGGGGUCCGAGAUAAACAAUGCAAAGGCUGCCAUCCAUUGGGCUACAAACUAUCUUUACAAAUGUGCCACUGCCACCCCCGGGAAGCUAUACGUUGGGGUUGGCGAUCCCAAUGCAGAUCACAAAUGCUGGGAGAGACCUGAGGACAUGGAUACUCCCCGUUCUGUCUACUCUGUUUCUCCCAGCAAUCCAGGCUCCGAUGUUGCAGGUGAAACUGCAGCUGCACUCGCUGCAGCUUCUAUGGUUUUCCGGAAAAGUGACCGGAGAUAUGCAAGUAUGCUGUUGACAACUGCAAAGAAAGUAAUGCAAUUUGCUAUACAGUAUAGGGGAUCUUACAGUGAUUCUCUUGGGUCAGCUGUCUGUCCUUUCUACUGCUCAUAUUCAGGCUACAAAGAUGAGCUGCUGUGGGGAGCAGCCUGGCUGUUCAGAGCAACAAGACAGACCUAUUACUUGAAUUUCAUCAAGUCUUUAGGAGCUAAUGAUGCCACUGACAUUUUCAGUUGGGAUAACAAGUUUGCCGGUGCACGAGUCCUCCUCUCCAGGGACGCGUUAUUGAACAAGGACCAGAACUAUGAACCAUUUAAACAAGGGGCAGAAGACUUCAUUUGCCGCAUAUUGCCCAACAGCCCUUCUACCACCACCCAAUACACACCAGGUGGUUUGAUGUAUAAGCUAAGCGGAAGUAACCUCCAAUAUGUGACAUCCAUUAGCUUCUUGCUCACUACUUAUUCCAAGUUCAUGGCUGUUUCCAGACACACAUUCAACUGUGGUUCUGUUGUGGUCACUCCAACAACAUUACGACGACUUGUCAGAAGACAGAUAAAUUACAUACUUGGAGACAAUUCUAUGAGGAUGUCCUACAUGGUAGGAUACGGGGCAAACUAUCCCAAGAGAAUUCAUCACAGAGCUUCCUCUUUACCUUCUUUGUUUAAACAGCCACAGUCUAUUGGUUGCAGCAAUGGCUUCCAAGCAUACUAUUACACCUCAAAUCCUAACCCCAACCUUCUGAUAGGGGCUGUAGUUGGAGGUCCCAACCAGAAUGAUGCCUACAAUGAUGAUCGUACAGACUACAGUCAUUCUGAGCCAGCCACAUAUACAAAUGCAGCUAUCAUUGGAACCCUUGCCUACUUUUCUUAGGAACAAAGUCCCUGACUUAUCCAAUUAACCUAAUAGAUGAUAGCAACGUGCUCUUCCAGUAGAUAAUCUCUAAUCAAAAGUGCAGAGCGUUGAGCCAGCUUCUUUUCCUUUUUUUUUUCUUAAUUUCUACUUUUUAAUCCACUUUUGUGUCAUUGUUCCUGAAUUUUACCUUGUACUGAAAAUUAAAACUGGGUGAAAAUGAGAAAAAUGCUAAGGUUUCAUGCACCAUCAUCCAUUGUGAGGCAAAUGCCCUCAGUACUAGUUGUGCCUGUGCAUAAGUGAAUUAUCACAGACUUCAAGAAGUUCACUGAAAAUGAAUUAAUGAUUCC